AUGGAAUAAAUUCUAAUUCUAAUAAAAUAACUUUACAAUGAAAAUGAGGAAAUAAGAAAGUUGUCUGAAGAAGAACUGAAUAAUAUAUUUAAUGAUUUUGAGAAAAUUAAGAUUGGAUUUGAAUGCUUAUGUAAUUAAAAUAUUGAGAAAUCACUUAGAGUAUAAUUUUUUAUCUAUUUGAAACAUUACCUUUAAUAAAAUUACAGAACCAUAUUAAUCAAUCAUAAGGAUGAUAUUCUUAAUAUUUUACUAUUUUACUUAAAUAAAGUGGAUUAGUAAAUAAUUCCAUUAUUAUGUAAGUUAAUCAAUUUUAUGAUUUUAAAUACACCUGACUCCACAUAAAUUAUAAUAUGUAUAAUGGAUAAACUACUAUUAGAUAUUUCUUAUAUUUAAUUAAUUACUGAGAUGAUGAGCAAUCAAAUUGUUAAAAUAAAAUUAAAAUUAUCAGGAUAUAAAUAUAAUUUUAGUAAGAUUUAUUAAUUCUUUAACAUCAAUGAUUAUAACAUUAUUGAUUUAAUACUCAAUUUUUAUAUAUCUCUUACUAAUUCUUUAAUUUAUUUAUUAGAAGAUAAUGAUUAUAUUACUAUUAUAAAUUAAUAUUGUUCAUUUAUUUCAAAUAAUCCAUAAUAAUCAAAUAUACUUGGAAAGUUUUCCAAAAUUAUCAUACGACUUAUCCAAAAAAAACUACCCCCAGAACAUAUUCAAUAAUAACUAUUUUCUAUUAUUACAUAUAAUUAUUUAGACAGUUAAUAUCAUUUAGAUAGAAUCACUGCUUACAGACUUUUAAAAAUUCUAAAUCAAAUACAAACAUCUUAAAAGAUUAAUUAUCAAAAAUAAAGAGAAUUAUUAAUAUUUAUUGUCAUUAAUAUAAUUUACUUAGAUCUACAUUCAUAUUAAUAUUUAUAUUUAAAUUUUGAUGAUGAGAAUGAAAAUGAUUAUUAUUUACUUAAAAUUAGAAAUUUUGGUAUUGAUAUGCUAUUGACUAUUUUAAAAUAGGAUUAAUAAAAUAAAAUAUUCCAAGAAAUUUUACUUAUUUCUGAUUAAGUUGUACCUUUUCAUACAAAUGAAGAAAGUAUUUGUAUUAAAAAAGAAGCUCAUUAUUAUAUUAUAUCAAACUUAUUUUAUAAAAUACCUAUUCAUCAAAUAGAUUAACUUUUUUUACAAGAAUUACUUUAAUGUCUCAAACAAACAAAUAAUAUUUAUAUACCUAUAAAGAUUUAAGUAUUGAUUCUCUUAAAAAGAUUCCUCCUAAAAUAAAUCAUAUAAAAUUAAUCUUAAAUUGAUUAUUUAUUAUCAAUUCUUAAAGAAUAAUUAUAAAUUAUAGCUUAAAUUAAUAAUCCAAAUUUAUUAUGUGCUAUGAUAGAUUUAUUAGUUUGUUUACAAUUGUUCUAUCCUUAAAAAAACUGUUUGAAUAAAUAAAUAUAUUUAGAUUUAAAAUUAUACUAUUCCUUACAGAAUAAAUUAAUUUUUAAAUAAUCUAUUAUUAAAUGUAUGGUUGAAUUAGAAUAACUGCAUUUAGGAGAUAAUUCUCUCAUUUUAAUUGUUUAAUAAGAAUUAUUAAAAGCUCAAUAAGAAUAAAAUUUCUAAAAAUAUUAAUUAAGUAAUUUUUUUCAUUAUUAUAAUUUAGAAAUGUUAAUAGAUGUAAUGAGUUUUAUUGUUGAAAAAUAGUAUACAUAUUAAAUAACACUUUAUUUAAAUAUUAUUUACACAUUGGUUCAUAGUUCUCUUUAAUAAUUGAAACAUUAAUAAGCUAGUCUAAAUUUAUUAAAUUUAUUUUUGAAAAAGUUAUUAAUUCAGUAAGAAAUUAAAUCAAAUGAUCAUGAAAUAUCAAUAAGAAUGAUUUAAAUAUUAUUUAUAGAUUGUUUGGAUGAAGACCCAGAUCUUUUUGAGAACAUUGUAUAAACAUAUUAUCUAAUUCUAUUACAUGAUGUAGCUGAUUUGAAUAUAGCUCUUCAAUUUAUAACUAAAUAUGUAAAACAUUUAAAGAAUUAAAAUUUUUUGUCUUUAUUUUGUUUAUUUUUGUUUAGAUUAAAAAAAGGAUUAUUCCAAUAAGAAAUUUAAUAAUUUUACAAACAAUUAUAUGAAGAUAUGUAAUAUCUUAUAAUAAUUAAGUGAAUAAGAUGAUGGAAGAACAAGUAAUGAACUUUUAUGUGGAUUGUCUAUUUUAGAUAUAAAUUAAUAUGAAAUUAAAGAAAUAAUGCUUAAUUAAUAAGGUAAAUUUAAAUAUAAUUUUAGAUGUAUUAUAUAUAAUGACAAAUAAAGCUAUCUAAUUUAUAACUUAUAAAAAUAAGUUUUAUAUAAAUUACUUGAUAAAUUUUUAUCAAUCAAUGAUUACUAAAAAGCAUUUAAUUUUUGAUAUGGAAUAAUUAUCUUUGAAUAAUAGUUUUUUAGUAAAAUUACAUGAAUUUAUCACUUAAUUAGUAAUUAAAUAAGAAGAUACAUAAUAUUCAAUAAUAAAUCAAAUAUAAAAAAUAUUUGAAAUAUCUUACUUAACCAAAUUAUUUAUUAAUGAUAAAAUUAUUUAAAAAUGUAUAGAUUUCAAAUAUAUAUAUAUAGUUUAAACAUCAAUAAUAAUGAUUCAAUCUUAGGAUGAUCUAAAUUUAAAUGAAUUAAAAUUAUCAUGA